GUCUUGUGUUAAUUGUUUGUGUUUCCGACUGGUCAGGGGGAGCAAGCGCUCCGCGUUACACGAAUGAGGGCAAGAGAUGUGAAUUGUUUGACUCUCAAGAAAAUGCGCCAUUGAAAGGAGUGGUAACUGGGGUAGCGGUAAAUGUAAAAGUUGACCAACUGAAAGGGAAGAUUCCCGGUGUUUGUGAUACUCGUUGUUUGGUACGUCGCAAACAGGGUGGGGUGGCGUAAAUGAAACAUUUAUUGGAUGCCAACCGCCAACCAACCUCAUCGAGGAAGAAGUUAAACCUCAUCGAGGAAGAAGUUAAACCUCAUCGAGGAAGAAAAAUAAGUUGACGUCUGAUUUAUACUUCUGUGUUCUAAGUGAAAGUAAGCAACAUCGAGGCCACGACACCGAACUUACUGGUUGAGAUCGAAGCUCAGUGAAGGGAAAUCAAAGCUGUGUAAAGGAAAUAACAGUAACCAUGGCUCCAACAUUGUAUGAUAAGAAGCCGGAGCCAGGGGAUCUGAUAGAGAUAUUCAGAGGGAACUACCAGCACUGGGCUUUGUACGUUGGUGACGGCUUUGUUGUUCACCUGGCCCCACCCUCCGAGGGACCUGGGGCCAGGGCCAACAGCAUGAUGUCUGUGCUCAGUGACAAGGCUAAGGUGAAGAAGGAAGAGAUCUGGGACGUGGUGGGGCAUGAUCAGUGGUGCGUAAACAACCAGCUGGAUGAGAAGUACCAGGUCAGACCCAUACAUGAGAUACUGAGGGAAGCCCAGGCCUAUGUGGACCAGGAGAUGCCCUACUGUGUCUUCAGGGGGAACUGUGAGCACUUUGUCACAGAUCUGAGAUAUGGGAAGGCUGAGUCUCGACAGGUUCGUCAGGCUGUGGAAACUGUGGGAAUGGCUGCAAUGGUGGGCUUCGGAGUCCUUGCUGUUGCAGGUAUCGCAGCGGCCAUCUUUGGAGGUGGAAGCAAGAAGAAGAAUGAAGAAAAAUAAGUGACCUACUGUAUAAUAGCUUCCUGAGCAGCCAGUCACCAAUAAGCCUAAUAGAUUAUUUUUUUAACUACAGUACUGCCAUCGUCACUUGUAUAAUUCUGGGGCUUUCAGAAGGAAGGGUUGAGUAUUUCCAUAAUAUUUUUAUUUUUUACAGUUAAACAGACAUGAAUUGAAAGCACAAAAGGAGGUAAAGUGGCUGGUUAUAAUUCCAAGGUAUACAGCCUUAGAGGGGCCAUAACCUUGCAGGCUGCUAGACUAAGCUAGCUGUUUUUUUAUUUUAUUUUGUCAGUUAUAAGCAGUGGUGGAAAAAGUACCCAGUUGUCAUACUUGAGUAAAAGUUAAGAUAACUUAAUAGAAAAUGACUCAAGUGAAAGUCACCCGGUAAAAUACUACUUUAGUAAAUGUUUUAAAGUAUUUGGCUUUAAAUAUACUGAAGUAAAAGAAAACCGGACUGCAUCAUUACCCUAUGUCGUUUGGUAGGUAAGUCACAUUUCUGCAGUGUGACAGCUCAUAUAAAACAUUCAUAACCCAUUUAUAUGUCAAAUAAACAUUCAGCAUAUACACACAUUAUAGUUUUUUUAGACAAUUUGAAUCUGUUUAUAAUUGUAUAAUCCUAACAGUAGUAAUUAUCGUGUUAUGGGUCAGUUGGAAUGAUUGAUGUGCAUUGUAUUUGGGCACAGGUAAAGUACAAAGGCUGAGUGCCAGAAUGAUUCCAUGAGGGUUGAAUAGGAGCCAUGUGUCUGGGGUUAAGGCUGAUGGAUCCUAAUAUCUGUUCUAGAGCACUGUCUAAUAUCGUUACAGUUUUAUAUCAUUAUAUACUCUUAAUAUGAAUAUCUAGAUCUUUUAUAUUCUUAGAGAAUGAAGGUAGUGUUAAGUUUCAGCUCUUUGUGUAUGAGAAGUGUAAUUAUCUAGUGGACUGCAGUCGACUGUAGGAAUGUGUACUCCCAAUAACUAAGGCACGGAGGAGCAGGAAGGUUCCGGACUCAGGCUGGGACACGAGAACACCAAGAGGAGGAACAGACUCAGUUCCUGUCCGGAAACAGACUGAUUAUUUAUCUUAGAAAUACAAGAGGUGACGCCACCUAGUCGGAAGGUAUACAUAUACAGUAUGUCCUUGUGUGACCUCUAGGUGUGCUGUGCAGCUGCAACACCCACUGUGGUGAAUAAAUCUAGCUUGAGUUUUUC